AUGCUUCUGUCGGUAUACUCCUACUUGUUCAGGUCUGGGGCCACCCCCUCCACGUCCUCGAGAGAAUACUCCACUAACAACCCCGUGAUCCCAACGGCAAUGGCCAACACGUUCCAUCCUCGUCUCCGGUCCAUUUUCCUUCAACUCGACGCCAUCGCCCCACGUUUCGUGUUGAACAGAGGUGACAUCGACAUUCUCACCAGCCCAGAAUCCUUCUACAAUACACUCAAGCAGAAAAUUGCUGCUGCCCAGUCAAGAGUGUUUCUUUCUACACUCUACAUCGGAAAACACCAGACUGAGCUCAUGGAUGUCAUCGACGAAGCGCUUACAGCUAACGAAGAUCUCAAGGUAUACAUUCUCACCGAUGCACUUCGUGGAACAAGAGAAGCACCUGAAGCUCCCUGUCUGGCUUCUUUGUUAGUUCCACUCGUAGAAAAACAUGGUAAACACAGGAUAGACAUAAGAAUGUACCACACACCCCAUUUGGCUGGGUUCACCAAACAUUUGGCACCCAAACGAAUCAACGAAGGCUGGGGCUUACAACACAUGAAGCUCUACGGCUUUGACAACGAGAUCAUGUUAUCCGGUGCAAAUUUGUCGCAGGACUACUUCACUGAUAGACAGGACCGUUACUAUGUGUUCAAGAACAAGCUCUUGACCGACUAUUACUUCCGAAUCCACGAGGCAGUGUCGUUGUUGAGCUACCAAGUGUUGCCUUCUAGCAAACUUGUCCAGGGUUUCAGACUCGACUGGCCCACUUCAAACAAAUCUUGCGAGCCACAUAUGAACCUCCAUCGUUUCAUUAGCGACUCGUCGUACUUGCUCGACCCAAUCUUGAAACAGCAUAAUCUUACAGCCUUUGACGAAUACAAAGACACAGACGACUUUGACACAAUAGUGUACCCUGUGUCUCAAUUCACCCCCCUUUUCCCUGACAAAAACGACAGAUCUACAGAAAAACCUGCUAUUCUCCGUCUCUUGUCUUUCUUAGACUCGCCCUCUAUCAAAUGGUGGUUCACCGCUGGCUAUUUCAACAUGUUGCCUCAGAUCCAGGACAGAUUGAUCAACGGCAAAGCCGAAGGUACAGUCAUAACAGCUUCGCCCAAGGCCAACUCGUUUUACAAAUCUGCCGGAGUUUCGUACUACUUACCCGAAGCUUAUCUUCUAUUCGCAAAGAAGUUUUUGGAAGAGGUCUACAAGGUAGGAAAGUCGUCGAUGAUCAAAGUUUACGAAUGGCAAAACGGUAUAGUCAACACUGUAGGAGGGUGGUCAUACCAUGCCAAAGGGUUAUGGAUCACAGUGCCAGAGGAAACAGAACCCAGUAUAACAGUCAUUGGUUCGUCCAACUACACCAAGCGGGCCUACUCUCUUGACUUGGAAAGCAACGCUAUCGUCAUCACUAAGGACCCCGAAUUGAAGAGUCUCAUGAAGCUGGAAAUCGAAAACUUGAUGAAGCAUGUUUCGCCUUUAGAGCUCCAUGACUUCAAGCCCAAGUCCAAAACAGUAGCCGAAGUCCCCAUUGGCGAAAACGCUGCCAAGGUCAACAACAAGGUCAUAUACGAAAUUGACGACGAUAGAAAGAUCAGCUAUGGUGUCCAUUUAGCUGUUAAGUUGUUGGGAGGUAAGUUGUAA